UAUUACGCCGGCUCUGUUAAUGCAAACAACUUUAAUGUUUUCUUUCAGGGUCGUUGUUAUCUGUCUUAAUUUUACGGGAGUGAGAUGUCAAUCAAAGACAUAUCUGCGCAAGACUUAUAUUGGUUCUGAGAACGUACUCCGGUUCUGCACAAGUAAUGGUUCUGGGAAAGUGCACCGCUGCCGUACCCUGAUCUUUUAGCCAGUGUCAUCGGUCUCACAAAGUGAAACCGAAUAGAAAUGGCAAGUUUGAAUGCAGGCACAAGAAGUAAAGGACAAAGUGUGGCUCAAACCGAAAGAGAUACAGAACCAGAGUCUAUAAGGCCAACAACCACUUAUAGUUUAGAAACAAUGAAUGUUUUGACAGAGGUUUCCAAAUCUGUUGGAUAUAUAACUGGAAAGAAGGAAUCUGGAACAUGCUGGAGGGUUGGCAAUGAUAAGAUAAUUACUGCUGCACAUGUUGUUAAAAAUAAUAUAUGGAAUACAGUUCUAGAUAUACCUUUUGAAGAAGACUUGAAAACAUUUAAGGUAGACUUUGGUUUCAUUAGCGAAAAGUCAUCCAGUUUUUUCAAAGUUGAGCCGAAAGUUUUGUUUAUGGAUGAAAGUUUGGAUGUUGCAGUUCUCCAGCUGAAACCUAAUGACCAGAAGCAGUUUCCUCCUCCAUUAGAGACAUUUGAUAAACUUAAUCCUGAAAAAGAUGAGCAUAAGCAUGUUUUUUUAAUCAGUCAUAACAAAGGUGAAAAAAAAGAAGUCAACUUUGGAAUCGGUAUUUGGAAUCCAACAGAGAAAAGAUUAGAAGAUCUAGAAAAGUUCUGUAGAAAGUAUGGAAAAGAGAAUGGAUACAAAGAUGUAGAUAGAAAAGAUCGCUUGGUUAUUCAGUGUGAAUUUGUUGGUGGUGCUUCUGGGAGUCCUGGCAUUGUUAUUUAUAAUAAUGUCGCCCAUGUUGUAUUUGUGUAUAUAAGGGGAUUUCCUUCUUUUUAUUAUAGUCAACGGUUUCCCGAUGAAGAAAGAAGAAAAUUUCCUAGUGAUAAGUUACUUCAGCAAGGAGUCAAUAUUGGCGAUCUGUUUAACACCAUGUCCAAAAAUGAAGUGAACUUAAAACUACGUAAUGAGAUAUUCCCUGUGGAAGCAAAAAAGCAACACCAGCAUAAGCAGUCUUCUCAAAAUAUUGAACAUGGCGGAAGUGACAAAUUCACAGUACAAGAUUUGUGUGCAGGAAUGGAAAACACACGUUUAGAAAGCAAUAUCAAUGAGGAUACAGUUCCAAUGUCAUCUUUAAGCAUAGAAACUCUACCAUUACCUGCAAAAAGGACAAUACCCAAAAGACCCUCUUCAAAUACUUCUAAAGAGACCAAUCUAAAGGCGGCAGCACCCACAGCCAGUGGACAACAUUCUUUUGAACCAAAAAGAUCUACUUCUGAACAGACCUGUCCAAAGACAACAACUGCAGCCAGUGGGGAAAAUUCUUUUGAAUCAAGUUUGACAUCUUCAUCAAAUAGAUCUAUAAAUAAUUCAGAAUCAGUGUCAUUGCUUGAUUCAUCCAUGGACAGUUUUUCUAACAUCCCAGCGUCUGGUGCAAGAGGUGGCUGUAUGAUGACACAAACAGUCAUGCACAGAGACAAUCAGUCAUCCAAGUUACAGCAGAAAUAUGUUUCACAAGUCCAGACUGGCCCAAAUACACAAACAAUUUCUACAGGUAACAUUAAUAUAGAAACUACAGCACCUGUCAAUCUUCAUCAACAAACGGAAAUUGAUCAAAGAUUAAAACCUGCACUAGAAAAUCUAAAGAAAAUUAUUAAUGUAUUUGUGGAACCAAACAUGGAUCUUAAGCCUAAAGAUGUAGCACAAAAAAGUGGAAUUGGAAAAACUGCAAAAGAUGUCAACAAAUCUUUAUAUCUACUGGAUAAGAAAAAGGUGCUUACACUUGAAAAAAAUGCUGAUGGCACAGACCCUAGAUGGAACAGAGGCACAUUAACUCAGUACAGUGAGAAAGAGCUACUUGAAUGGGCUGCAGAAAUUGUGCAUGCGAGUACAACAACAACCGUGGCUCCAACUCAAGUACACCACCAUCAUAACCACCAACAUGAACAUAAUGCUUUCUUCCAAGUUGGAAACGACAAUGUUAUAGCUCUUGACCGAAAUAACCAGAAAGGAAGAAGAGAAAGAGAAGUAAUGACAGCAUCAGAAGAUAUUGUAUCCAACUUACAACAGAAUUCUCAAUAAUUUUCCUUUCCAAAUAAAUUAUUUCCCUGUGAUAUGUACAGACAAUUAUACUAUCAUAUUUUUAAGUAAAUUUGAAAUUACCGAUUAUAACUGUAGAAAAGUAUUAUUUUUACACUGUUAUGGCAUAAAUGAAUUUUGACAGGUUGAUAAAUAAGAAAUCUCCCUAGUUGUAGUUUAUGCAUCAUAUUUGAUAUGAUAAGUAAACUGGAUUGUAUUUUUAGGUAUUGUAUAGAUAGGCUUAAAGCCAAUUGAAGUAUCCAUUUUUUUUAAAUGUGAAAAGGUAAAAAAAAGUGUGAUCAAUCUUUUAAAGAUUUUCUCGCUGUGUUGAAGACCCAUUGGUGGCUUUGGGCUGUUUUCUGCUAUUUGGUCGGGUUAUUGUCUCUUUGACACAUUCCUUAUAUCUGUUCUCAAUUCAAUUGAGCUUCACGAAUAUUAAUUUACAAGUGGUUUUAAAUUUAACAAUUGAAUUGGAUUUGUACAUUUGUAAUGAAGAUGGUAUUAUCAAUGAAAUCUUCUCUAAUCUAUCACUACAAAAUGAAAAAACAAUUUCAAAGCUUGAAAAAAAAAUGAAAAAACUCCUUUAAGCAUAUUUAUUUGAAACAAUUAUUUACUACUGUAAAUUCAGAAACUAUUGCGUGCAUUUAUUAUUGCUAUUUUUGAAGAAUGAACUAAAAUGCGAGUUUAAUUAUUGCAAUUUGAGGAAAAAGCUACCUACAGAUAUAUGUAUCAGAUAUCAGAAUGCAAGUUCUUAUUAUUGCUAUAUUCAAGAAGUCGCAUUAUUUGCAUUAAUAAAAACCUCACAAUAGUGUCUGAAUUUACAGUAUGUUGAUUUGAAUAUGUGCUCAUGUAUGUUUUUUUUGUCUCUCUUUUACAUUUCUGCAUGACUUCAUUUUAUUUAUAUAUAGAAUGCAGCUUACAAUUAUUUUAUUAAUGCUGUAUGUCAAUUAUUCAUCAUAAAAAAUUUGAUUUUGUUUGCUUGACAUCAAAUUUUAAACUAGAUAUUUAUCAAUUGAAUGUGAAAAUAUGAUAUUUUUUAAUGAUUUUGACAGUAUUAUUGUAUGUGACAGAAAGGAACAAAAAAUUUUGUUUUUUUGUUUUUCUGUUUUGUUAUAGUGCUAGCAUUUGCAAUGUACCAAUUUUUUUCUGGUACAUAUAUCUAUAGAAAUGUGGAAAGUACUACCCUAGAAAAAACAAAUCAUAAAACAACACAUAUAAUUGUGUAACCUUACAUAAAAUCUAUAUUGACAAAUAAUUCACUUCUGUUGCCUUGUCGUCUUAUGCAUUAAAGAUGACACAAAGAAUUCACCUUUGUUGUUUUGUCAUGUGUCAUCAUAUUCAUUUAAGAUGACACAAAAUAUUCACUUCUUUUGUCUGGUAUCAUCUGUAUGCAUUAAACUAUUAAUAACUGCAGAAAAGUAUUAUUUUUACACUGUUAUGGCAUAAAUGAAUUUUGACAGGUUGAUAAAUAAGAAAUCUCCCUAGUUGUAGUUUAUGCAUCAUAUUUGAUAUGAUAAGUAAACUGGAUUGUAUUUUUAGGUAUUGUAUAGAUAGGCUUAAAGCCAAUUGAAGUAUCCUUUUUUUUUAAAUGUGAAAAGGUAAAAAAAAGUUUGAUCAAUCUUAAAGAUUUUCUCGCUGUGUUGAAGACCCGUUGGUGGCCCUGGGCUGUUUUCUGCUCUUUGGUCGGGUUAUUGUCUCUUUGACACAUUCCUUAUUUCUGUUCUCAAUUCAAUUGAGCUUCACGAAUAUUAAUUUACAAGUGAUUUUAAAUUUAACAAUUGAAUUGGAUUUGUACAUUUGUAAUGAAGAUGGUAUUAUCAAUGAAAUCUUCUUUAAUCUAUCACUACAAAAUGAAAAAAUAUAUUUCAAAGCUUGAAAAAAAAAUGAAAAAACUCCUUUAAGCAUAUCUAUUUGAAACAAUUAUUUACUACUGUAAAUUCAGAAACUAUUGCAUGCAUUUAUUAUUGCUAUUUUUGAAGAAUGAACUAAAAUGCGAGUUUAAUUAUUGCAAUUUGAGGAAAAAGCUACCUACAGAUAUAUGUAUCAGAUAUCAGAAUGCAAGUUCUUAUUAUUGCUAUAUUCAAGAAGUCGCAUUAUUUGCAUUAAUAAAAACCUCACAAUAGUGUCUGAAUUUACAGUAUGUUGAUUUGAAUAUGUGCUCAUGUAUGUUUUUUUUGUCUCUCUUUUACAUUUCUGCAUGACUUCAUUUUAUUUAUAUAUAGAAUGCAGCUUACAAUUAUUUUAUUAAUGCUGUAUGUCAAUUAUUCAUCAUAAAAAUUUUGAUUUUGUUUGCUUGACAUCAAAUUUUAAACUAGAUAUUUAUCAAUUGAAUGCGAAAAUAUGAUAUUUUUUAAUGAUUUUGACAGUAUUAUUGUAUGUGACAGAAAGGAACAAAAAAUUUUGUUUUUUUGUUUUUCUGUAUUGUUAUAGCGCUAGCAUUUGCAAUGUACCAAUUUUUUUCUGGUACAUAUAUCUAUAUAAAUGUGGAAAGUACUACCCUAGAAAAAACAAAUCAUAAAACAACACAUAUAAUUGUGUAACCUUACAUAGAAUCUAUAUUGACAAAUAAUUCACUUCUGUUGCCUUGUCGUCUUAUGCAUUAAAGAUGACAAAGAAUUCACCUUUGUUGUUUUGUCAUGUGUCAUCAUAUUCAUUUAAGAUGACACAAAAAAUUCACUUCUUUUGUCUGGUAUCAUCUGUAUGCAUUAAACUAUUAAUAACUGCAGAAAAGUAUUAUUUUUACACUGUUAUGGCAUAAAUGAAUUUUGACAGGUUGAUAAAUAAGAAAUCUCCCUAGUUGUAGUUUAUGCAUCAUAUUUGAUAUGAUAGGUAAACUGGAUUGUUUUUUUAGGUAUUGUAUAGAUAGGCUUAAAGCCGAUUGAAGUAUCUAUUUUUUUUAAAUGUGAAAAGGUGAAAAAAAGUGUGAUCAAUCUUUUAAAGAUUUUCUCGCUGUGUUGAAGACCCAUUGGUGGCCUUGGGCUGUUUUCCGCUCUUUGGUCUGGUUAUUUUCUCUUUGACACAUUCCUUAUUUCUGUUCUCAAUUCAAUUGAGCUUCACGAAUAUUAAUUCACAAGUGAUUUUAAAUUUAACAAUUGAAUUGGAUUUGUACAUUUGUAAUGAAGAUGGUAUUAUUGAUGAAAUCUUCUUUAAUCUUUCACUACAAAAUGAAAAAAUAUAUUUCAAAGCUUCAAAAAAAAUGAAAAAACUCCUUUAAGCAUAUUUAUUUGAAACAAUUAUUUACUACUGUAAAUUCAGAAACUAUUGCGUGCAUUUAUUAUUGCUAUUUUUGAAGAAUGAACUAAAAUGCGAGUUUAAUUAUUGCAAUUUGAGGAAAAAGCUACCUACAGAUAUAUGUAUCAGAUAUCAGAAUGCAAGUUUUUAUUAUUGCUAUAUUCAAGAAGUCGCAUUAUUUGCAUUAAUAAAAACCUCACAAUAGUGUCUGAAUUUACAGUAUGUUGAUUUGAAUAUUUGCUCAUGUAUGUAUUUUUUGUCUCUCUUUUACAUUUCUGCAUGACUUCAUUUUAUUUAUAUAUAGAAUGCAGCUUACAAUUAUUUUUUUAAUGCUGUAUGUCAAUUAUUCAUCAUCAAAAAAUUGAUUUUGUUUGCUUGACAUCAAAUUUUAAACUAGAUAUUUAUCAAUUGAAUGAGAAAAUAUGAUAUUUUUUAAUGAUUUUGACAGUAUUAUUGUAUGUGACAGAAAGGAACAAAAAAUUUUGUUUUUUUGUUUUUCUGUAUUGUUAUAGUGCAAGCAUUUGCAAUGUACCAAUUUUUUUCUGGUAUCUAUAGAAAUGUGGAAAGUACUACCCUAGAAAAAACAAAUCACAAAACAACACAUAUAAUUGUGUAACCUUACAUAGAAUCUAUAUUGACAAAUAAUUCACUUCUGUUGCCUUGUCGUCUUAUACAUUAAAGAUGACACAAAGAAUUCACCUUUGUUGUUUUGUCAUGUGUCAUCAUAUUCAUUUAAGAUGACACAAAAUAUUCACUUCUUUUGUCUGGUAUCAUCUUUAUGCAUUAAAGAUGACACAAACAGCCACUUCUGUUGUUUUGUGUCAUCUUUCAUGCCUCAAAUUUGAUAUUUAUUAUAAAUUCCACCAAAGUUUCACAAAUUUUUCUAUAUGAAGUUUUGCACUGAUAUUUUAAUUUGUAAUCUAAUAGCUGUUCCAGAUUUAAAAAACAUGCUGGGAUGGGAGGCACUGCAAUAAAUUAAUUAUGAUUGGUUUCAUUCUCUAUUGAAUUUUUUGAGAAAUAUACCUAAAAUGAAAAUUUUUUAAUUUAUUGGUGCUCAGAGUAUUAAAAAAAAAUAUGCACCCAUGCAUUUAAUUCUGAAACAGCUCUUAGUGAUUUCUGAAAUCUCAUUAAAUCACAUAUUAUUUGGAGACUGCAGGUAAUAGAGAUCAUUUUUUGGACGACUCGCACACGUUUUAUUGUUAAAACAUGAAAAUCUGCGUAAUAAAAUCUUUUGAUUUAAACUGUAGCAAAUAAAAAUGUCAAAAAUGGACACUAGGAAAAAAAGUUAUUUGUUCAUAUAUGAAAUAUUAAUAAUAUAUAUAUAACAGUAUAUGUAAAUUGUGUUCAAUAUUUAUAGUGACACUGUCACAGAAUGUUACAAAUUAUGGUUAGUUGAUCUAACUAGUAGUUAUUGAUAAACAUUGCUUUAUUAGUUGAUUAAAUGUUUGUUUCUUA